UCUCUCUCUCUCUCUCUCUCUCUCUCUCUCUAUCUCCUCUGCUACAGCAUGAUCUCCAUGAUUAUAUUUUUUCUUGAAAGCAGCAGAGCUCAACCAACUCUGAUGCAUAUAAUUAAGAUAUAAUAAUACAAGAAAAAUAAGGUCAAGUUGUCCAUUUGAUUUCUUACCCAUUUUUUAUUUUUGAAGCAAAAACGAACGACCAACAAAUCCAUCUCUUCAAUCUCUGUUUCUUUAUCUCUACUUCAACUGCGAAAGCCCCAUCUCAACAGCCAAACACACACACACAGCAACCUCCGAUUCUAACAGCCAUCUCUCUUGUGGUGGGUUUAAGAGAGACAGAGAGAUGGUAGAGUUGAAGAAACCCACCACUACCAGGAACAGAGGCUUCUAUGUCAGAAUGAGAUUUUUACACGGCAAACAUGGAAGACAACAGGAGAGACCAUUUUUCUGGAGAUACUUCAAAUGGGUUCUCUGGUUUUCUCUCUCUUUCUAUUUCUUUGCCUCUUUUCUCAUCACCCACAAACCUACCGCCUCUCUCUCCAAAACCACCGUUUCUCGCACCAAAUCCAUCCUUGCAUCACGUGCUCUGUUCGAAUCCAUAAACACCACACCUCUACAACAAUCCAUAACCCAAAAAAGAAGUCCAUUCAAUGGCUUGAAAGUAUAUAUAUACGAUUUGCCAUCCAAAUACAACAGUGACUGGCUAUCAAACGAGCGUUGUAAUAAUCAUUUGUUCGCUUCCGAAGUGGCCAUACACAGAGCAUUGUUGAACAGCGAUGUACGGACGCUGGACCCAAAGGAGGCCGACUUUUUCUUUAUUCCCGUCUACGUUUCUUGUAACUUCAGCACCGUUAAUGGCUUUCCGGCGAUAGGUCACGCUCGGAGUCUUUUAGCAUCGGCGGUAGAGCUUAUCGCAUCGGAGCUUCCAUUUUGGAAUCGGAGUCUAGGCUCUGACCAUAUCUUCGUCGCCUCCCACGACUAUGGAGCUUGCUUUCACGCCAUGGAGGAUGUUGCAAUGGCUGAUGGGAUUCCAGAGUUAUUGAAAAAUUCGAUCAUAUUGCAAACAUUUGGCGUCAAAUAUCAACACCCAUGUCAGGACGUUGAAAAUGUGGUAAUACCACCUUAUAUCUCACCGGAAAGUGUACGGUCAACGCUUGAGAAAUCUCCGAUUAACGGCCGGCGGGACAUUUUCGUUUUCUUCAGGGGCAAAAUGGAAGUACACCCUAAGAACGUCAGCGGACGUUUUUACAGCAAGCGGGUUCGGACGAUGAUUUUGCAGAAGUACGGUGGUGACCGGAGGUUUUACCUGAAAAGACAUAGAUUUGCCGGUUACCAGUCAGAAAUUGUACGGUCGGUGUUUUGCUUGUGCCCAUUGGGAUGGGCCCCAUGGAGUCCGAGAUUAGUUGAGUCAGUCGUUUUGGGUUGCGUACCGGUCAUCAUAGCUGACGGUAUCCGGUUGCCUUUCUCCGCCGCAGUGAGGUGGUCGGAGAUAUCUCUCACGGUGGCGGAGAAGGACGUGGCAAACUUGGGAACCAUCCUGGACCACGUGGCUGCAACAAACCUCACCACCAUACAGAGGAACUUGUGGGACCAAAAUGUUAGGGAGGCCCUACUCUUCAACGAUCAGAUGGUGGAAGGUGAUGCAACGUGGCAGGUGCUUGAUGCACUCGCGGAGAAGGUGAACAGAUCUCAGAGGAAGUCUAGAGUUUUCAGCGAAUCGUGAUUUGACAAGUGGCCGAUUCUGAUUGAAUUGAGAUAUGCCAGCUAAGGAGGUACAGUGUACGUAACAUAAUGGUGGGAGACAGCUGGGUUUUAUUGGAAUUGUCACAGAGAAUUUGUAUUUGGAUGGAUUGGAUCUAUGCUCUGUGUUGCUUAGGUGGGUCCGUGAGGAUGAGAUUUUGUUGGCUAAUGUGGGGCCGUUUGGCUGUGUUGGCGGGUUGUGAUAGGAUCAUUGUUCGCUUUAGUGGGACAUUGGUGUUAUAAUGUUCAUGUGAGAGGAAUAAUUUUUGGUAAAAUAAUACGAUGAGUUGGGAAUUGAGUUAUGGUUGGGAGCUCACGUGAUUUGUGGGGCCCUUCUUUGCUGUACAGUUGUAAAGAAUAAUUUUGGGACAAAAUAUUUAAUUUAAAAUAAGUUGAAAUUAGC